CCUUCUCAGGUUCUCAAACUAUCUCCAUAACAACCUUUCUAUCCAUCUGUCUAUUAUCUAUCUAAUUCAGUUUGAAAUCAUAGUCUUUAGAAGCCAUUAACUUUGUAACAAUUUAGAGCUCUAUAUCUAGUCAAGAUAUAAUAAUUAGAAUUAUGUUUUUUUGCAGGUGUAGAACUUGGGUUCAAAUUGUUGGUAAAGAAGAUCUAGUGCAUAUACCAAUUGAAAAGCUUCACCAAGUACGUUUUGUUUGUGGAGAUCACUUCAUAGCAAAGGACUUCAACAAAAAAGGCAAUCGCCUGAAAAAAAGGGCUUACCCUAAGCUGCACCUCUCUGCACAACCAUUGAGUGACCAUCAAUUAAAAGAUUUUCCUCAACAUGUUGCAAGCAAAGCUUUGGCUCCUACACCCAUGGUUGACAAUAUUGCAACAGCUGCAAUUGCGUCGUCAUCCAAAAUGCAGAAUAUGGCAGCCACAACCCAAAAUAGAAUGACUUCAGCCCCAAUUCCCAUGGAAGAAGAGGUCCCUGCUGCACCUGUGCUGCCUGCGUGUAGCACAACUCCGCUGGCAAAUGUCGAAGGUACCUAA